AUGGCUGACCAGGGACAUUGGUACUCGCGAUGGUGGUACGGCGGUAGAGGUGCCGCUGGUGCACGGGGCGGUUUAUUUCCGCCCGUGACCGUGGACGAUACGACGAGGUACUCGCAGUUGCAGGGGGAGCAGAUCGAGUACUUGGAGCAGCAGGCGAGAGAGCAGAUCCAUGCCCGUGGCAGUUCGUGGUGCUGGUACGAGGAUCUGUCUUGUGUGAGUAGUGAUCCGGAGGAGUGGACGAAACAGCCCGGGGUCGCAGCGGUGUUUGGAACCGGGUCCGGGAGAUGCCCACUCCCGCUGCCGUCAUACCCGAUGGACCUACAUGCUGGACACCAGGUCUACAUUCGGGACUCGCUGUUGCUCCCUGGCGAUGGCCCAGAGCAGUACCUGCACACCAUGCCCCUGACGACGCGGAUCGCAAAUGCAGUAAAGGAGUACUAUCACUUCAGGAACGAGACGCAUCUUUAUUUGAACAGCAAGUUUGCUGAACCUCCCGUGGACCCUGUACCGUUUGCUGACGAUCUUGGUAACGAAGACAACGAUGGUGUAGACGGUAACGAGGAUGACGUGGUUAUUGAGAAGACGGUCAUUAUAUCAAUGGUCGGAUGGCUCCCGGAUAAAUACGAGAAAUACUCACUCAAGGAGCAAAGAACCGCACAGUACUUGUCCAAGAAAUUAGCAUGCGAGAUAAGAGAUAGUCCAAUAUCAAGUUACCGUGUUAAGGAGAGACAGAUUUUUAGCUUAUCCUUUGAAUGUCCCUUAGAUACAAAGCAACAGGAGGAUGUCUUGGAAGAGUGUAAAUUCCUCUUACAACAUUGGGAACAUAUCCUCCAGGGGGCACAUAACAUAUACUUUAUUGGUGUCUACCAUAGUGUGCCCCUGGCAAUUGAGUUAUGCUACUACAUAAUGAGAGGUUGCGACAAAUACGGACUUGAUAGACAAACUGUUCGCAUUGGCUUACUGAGCAUCAAUUCGUGCCUACAAGGUUACAGAUUUUGGGAUCACAGUGUGGAUCCACAGGCGACAGAGGGAAGAGACACAACCAGUGGAACCAACGAUAACGCUCUUGAGUUAGAUUAUGCCCGGUUAGAACAAGCGAAGGAGAAACAACUGUUCGCAGGUUUAACCAAAGAGGAGUCCGAUUUGUUGUCUCGAAUCAAGGGGUACAGCGAUAUGGACUCGAAACAGUCAAGACGAAUACAGCAACUAUUUGACUGGCUUUGCUUUUUUUGCCCCCGUGUGAGGAUCAAUCUGGUCAGUUCCGUUUACGACAACUUUAUGACAAUGACGCAGAAAUUGGCCAUGGAUUAUUUCCAUCCAAAGAUUAUUAGAAACCUGUGGUGCCAUUCCACGUACUUGGACAUGAACACUAGGGAGCCCCGGGAGCAGAAUUUUCCGGAUUUCCACAUCAAGACGCCCAAAUUUGAGUUUGAGGUAAACGUCCCCCGAUCGCGGCUGUUCGAGAUCGAGCUGUUGAACGAGCUGUUGCUGAUGAUAAACUUGGGGAAAGUGGAGUUUGUGCCGAUCUUCAAACUGAUCAGCCCCUACUUCAUAUCGCGGUCCUUUAACGAGAACACGCUGGCGCUCAGCAUAAAGAAGAGUCGUCAGAACCACUUGAAAAUCUGGAUGCAAGAGAUGUCUCUGAAAUGGGCCGGUGAGGAAUCCGUGACCGACGGAGGUCUACCAAGAACAGCAGACACGGUUCAUAACCUUCUGGAGUACGUCAACUACCAGACACUCAAAGCACCGGACUUGGUCCAGAUAUACAGCGACAUCUACGACGACAACGACGUAUACCGGAAUUUCGUCAAGUGUACGCAGGCAACGCGCACGCCAACGACACAGCGCCACGUCUCUCUGCUACACAACCGAACCACGCAAGAGAGCAUCCUCAACGCGGCCAACCAGUACGACCUCGUAUGGAAACUUCACGAGACUCUCACGAAACUGUCCACUGUCAGAAAUUUGCCGGUCCAGCCACCGCCUACUACGAUCUCUUUCAAAGUCACCUGGGCGCACGAUAAGGCAGCAGAUAGUGAGGGGAAAUAUCCACAGGCAAGACACACGCCCACGGCAGCCACAGUAUUCCACAGAGACGCACGAGAGUCGCUUGCGAGGGUCGUUCGCCUAUGGAAUACAUACCAGCUCUGGGACCCGCAGACGCGCGGGCUCAUCCAGCUGAAAAGGAUAUUCAGCGUGCUCGCAACCUACAGCUCCGCGGACCAACUCAUCGCAGACCUUCAGCAGUCCAGCUGA